GUAAGCUUAAGACGAAACUAUGGAUGAUUCAGAGUUGAAUGCCAUCAGGCAAGCCCGGUUGGCUGAGCUUCAAAAGAACACAUCACAGCAACAGCCAACGAAUCCCCAGGCGGAAAUGAAGGUUAAUAUGUUGAAUCAAGCAUUAGAUGUGAAUGCCAGAGAAAGACUCAGUAGAGUCAGAAUCGUCAGACCAGAUAGAGCUGAGGCAGUGGAAAACUACGUGGUGAAGUUGAUUUCCAUGGGAUCAUUGACAAAGAAACUCACCGAACAAGAAGUGGUGGGGAUUCUCAAUAGCUUGGCAAGAGACGAGAAGAAGAAGGAUGCGAAAAUCAUCUUCAACAGAAGACAACUAAGUGAUGAAGAAGACGACGAUGACUUCUUUGAUUAGAUGGACUGUAUAAGAGUUCAUGCUGGAUUUAUAGAGCUUUGAGUUCUAGGUUUCAUGGGUACCAUAUAUUACUGUGAUCUAAGCACCCUCUGUCUUCUUAUACUGAGACAGUAGUUCUGAAGGAGAUGAGGAAUUGAUAUUUAUAUGAACUCAAGGUGGUCAACUGGCUACUCCUGAGUGGAACACUACUCCACUCAAAAUUAAUGUAUUUCUUUACGUACAUACUUCAAAAUGUAGAGUUCU